AUGUCGCAAGCAGCCACUGGCCCCGUGUCGUUACAAGGCGGCCUCCCCCAAGCCAUGCCACAAGUGCUAGCAGCUACUUCAUCGUCGCACCCGUUACCGCCCAAGCGGACCACUCGGAGCUCCGCCCAGAAGAAAGCAGCCGGAAAACGCAACAGCCGGCCCAAGAAGCCCCCCUUGCCGCCAGGCCCGCCGCCUGCCGCCAGCCUUCCCGUUGCCAACACGUCCAUGGCUGGCCAAAGCGGCCCGCCGCUGACUGCUUCAAGCCAUCCCGGCCCUGAUACUAUUCCUGGUGACUCUACAGCUGCCGGCUCAAAACAUGGUUCACCAGAUAACGCCGAGGCACCCAGGCAACCAACAAGCACGGUGGCACCCUUGUUCAAGCGCGCCUCAGGCAAACGCAAGAGCAAGGUGGCUGCUGGUGCGACGUCCAACGCAAAUGCAGGAGAAGUGCCUGCUCGAAUGCCUGCUGGCAAAGCGGUGCCUACCAAGGCCGCACCCAUCUUCAUGACGCGCGAGGACAAAGCAAAGGAAGCAGCCAAGCUUCGUCGCGAGACAAUGACGCUAGUGCUACGACACGAUGGAAUGGGCCCCGAUGGGACGCACCAGGCUGACCUGGCUAAGCUGGCUAAACCCGCCCCAUGGCCCGGGCGCUGCCUGUUGGAGUCUUCUGCAACGCCCCAAUCACCGCGAGCGUGCAGCAACACCUUGCCUUUUCCGACCCGUCACCGGCAGAGUAACACGCACGAAAAUCUCACGACAAUGACGCGAGAGGCUUCGUCUCUGGGGCUAUGUGAUGUGUCGCGCCUGCGUGCUUCUUUGGGCAUGACAGCGCCAACACCUGGUCCAGAUGUCAUCGAGUUGGCCGAUCCACUUCCCAUCCCCUCGGGCUACAUGGGUCUCGCGGCAGCCACGGCUUUGUAUGAAGGACACUACAUGCCUCUCAGCCAUACACACCCGCAAAAGGACCAAGCCGUAUGGAGCCUUCACUAUCAGCCAAGCCGCGUUGAUCAUCUCAUUCAUAAUCGCCGCCAAGGAUCGGGCAAGACGGCAACUCUGUAUGCGUGCGCUCAGGAGCUGGAGUUUGCUGUCAUGGAAAUCAACAGCUCCGACUCUCGUUCGGGUCGCAAUGUGCGUGCCAAGCUUGAAAUGUGA